UUUAUCAAUUUCUUUUGGACAUAUGUAGCAUAGCAGCAACUGAAAUAAUAAAGUCCAAAAAGCAAGUGUGCCAAAGCAAAACGGACCAUCCAAAGAACCCACCUUCUUCUCUUUCAUUGCUAUAAACUAGUGGAAUUUAGUACUACUCCUACUAUUUCAUUUCUCUCUCACGAAAAGACUCAGUAAAAAUAACACACUACACACUCCAUAGCCAAAAAAAAAAAGGAAUCCUUUUUUUUUUUAUCAUCGGUUCUUGAUUUUUCAUUCUUAGCUGACGAUCUUGGUGUUAGUAAUCUCUGUUUUCUUAUCAAUGGACACCAUCUAGAUAGACCACCAGAACCUAUAUUUAGAAAGAAGGGUACAAGAAGAAGACAAAAAAGGAGCAUUCUUUGACACUGUUCUUGAAAAAUCAUGGCUGUUGUUGAGAAUGCUGCUAUUAAUGUUGUUGGCUCAUCAAAUCCAGGCAGAAUUGUGCAGAAAGAUGUUGCUGUUGUUGUUGAUCAUCAGUCAAUGACAAUGAAACAGAAUGGUGUUAUUAAUCAGAAUUUCCAUGUUAAUCAGCUACAGCAAGAACCCCAGAAAGGUUCUUUACAAGUCAAUGGAAUCAAUGGAAAUGGAUUAUUGGGUAAUGAUCACAGUGUUAUUGAGCAUGAGCAUGAGAAAAUGAAUGGUGGUGAUUUAAGGAAUGGUGAUGAUGAAGGGUUUAAGAAAGAGAUGAGAGAUUUGCAGGAAAUAUUUUCCAAAUUGAAUCCCAAGGCUGAAGAGUUUGUCCCUCCUUCACUGGCUAACAACAACAACAUGCUAGUCCCAUUUCCACCUGGUGCUGUGCAGUUUAACAAUUUUGUAAUGCAGACUGACCAGGGAGUUGCCAAUGGAAAUUCCAACAGAAGGAAGAAAAAUGGGUAUGGUUAUGGAAGGAGAAGGAUAAAUACCCGAACAGGCAUGGCCCAAAGGGAAGAUGUUAUAAGGAGGACGGUUUAUGUAUCCGAGAUUGAUCAUCAGGUGACUGAAGAGCAGCUCGCAGGACUCUUUCUUAGCUGUGGACAGGUUGUCGACUGUCGUAUAUGUGGUGACACCAAUUCUGUCCUUCGUUUUGCCUUUGUUGAGUUUACAGAUGAAGAAGGUGCAAGGAGCGCUCUGAGUCUUGCAGGAACUAUGCUUGGGUUUUAUCCCGUGAGAGUGCUUCCUUCUAAAACUGCAAUUGCACCGGUUAAUCCAACCUUUCUUCCAAGGUCUGAAGAUGAAAGAGAGAUGUGUGCUAGAACUGUGUACUGUACAAAUAUUGAUAAGAAGGUUACUCAAGCAGAUGUCAAGCUGUUCUUUGAGACCUUUUGUGGAGAGGUUCAUCGCUUGAGGUUGCUUGGUGACUAUCAUCAUUCGACUCGUAUAGCUUUUGUUGAGUUUGUCAUGGCGGAGUGUGCAAUUGCAGCACUGAACUGCAGUGGUGCAAUCUUGGGAUCACUUCCCAUAAGGGUAAGCCCAUCGAAGACUCCUGUGCGUCCGCGUUCUCCUCGCUCAGGACUGCUCUGAUCAAUCACUUUGGCGUUGCUUUGCAGUUGCUCUUUUGCUUAUAAGCAUAUCUAAAUAUAUACAUAUAAUAUUAGAGUACUUUUGUGGCAUUUGUCUUUUAGUUUUUCGUACUUAAUCUCAGCUGGGAAAUCUCUCACCCACGAGGUACUUAUCAGGUUUAUUAAGCUUAUAGAGUUGGCUGGUUUAUGAGGGUGUAAGUAGAUUUAAUUUAAGUUGGUAUAUUAUGUUUUUAUAGACAA